UUCACGAUUGUACCAUUUUUGUCAAUUUUGUUUUUUAUAGUAGGCCAAUAUAGUAGGAGAUUGGUUGGCAACACUAUCAAUCAAUUAUCAAUUAUAUGGGGACGCCACUGUUAGAAUGUUCUAAAGGUUCCAAAUGUGAGGCUUUAACAACUACUAUCCUCAGAGAGGAUCACCCGAAGGGACACUCCAUCUUCUGCCUCCUUGGGCUGCCAACGACCCAGCUUUUCCAGGGACCACUAAGCCACCAUCGCCUACCACCAGGAAGGAUAAUGAUUAUGCCAACUUUAUUACCCACCUACCUGAACCUUUAUGCAGUUUGGUCAUGGAAAACCACCCUGAGCAUACACAUUUUAUGGACCGGGCCAGGAAUAAACUAUAUUCAACAUUUAAAGAAAAUCAUUGGAGUCAUUUUCAAGAUCUUGGUACAAGCAAAGGAACUAACUCCGAUGCAAGAGCUGGAGUUGGACUUGUCGUUCCAGAGUCAGAGUAGUUCUUUCGGAGUAGUUCGUUCCGGAGUUACUCACCUCUGAUCACAUCAUCAGUCCACUAGAAAACUCCAAACCAGAUGAUCUGGGUGUAAUUUCUAUACACUUUUUCAUCGACAAGGAGGAACACUUCAAUUCUUACCUAGGCAGCAUAGAGAAGAUACAGCUCGUACAGGUUACCUGAGGUUUUGAUGGUGUACAGAGUCUAUGACAGACCUCAACAUCCUGUCGACUAACCAGAUUCAUCCGAAACUUUCGAGUCAGUGAGUUACUAUGGCUGAACGUUGGCUGAACAUCGUAGUUCUACUGAUAGAGAUUACUAAAUAGAUAAGUAUUACAAUCAUGUGAUGAAAAUUUUUAUAUUGAGUAGAUAUUAUUAGGAAUUUAUUGUUUUAAUCACAGAAUAUAUAUAGCCUACUGUCUGAUAUAGAUUAAUCCUUGAACUAAAAUAUAAAAUUAUAGUUGAGAUUGUCCAGGGUCAGGUGUUAACUACAGUAAACUUAUUUCAUGCCACUGUCAUUAUCACGAUUACAUGUCUUCUCUAUAUUUUGUUAUCAUCGGAGACAUUUAAAAGAAAAAAUAAACAAUAAAUAAACAAAUCAUAGCUACACAAAACAACAACAAAUGCACAAAUUUAAGUUACAAUCA